AAAGGCUCCCCGCAUCCACGGGGUUAUUACAAGUGCAGCAGCGUGCGGGGAUGCCCGGCCCGGAAGCACGUGGAGAGAGCGGUGGAUGACCCGUCGAUGCUGGUGGUGACCUACGAAGGAGAUCACAAUCACAACACGCUGUCCAUUGCUGAGACGGCUAAUCUCAUCUUAGAAUCCUCCUGAAUUUGAUUAGCUUCUGUUUUAACUUUUUUUAUUUUUUUGAAUGUGGGGGUGGGAAGGAAGGAAUUAGAUAGCAAAACUGUAAUAGGGGGGUUGGGUCGAGGAAGAAGAUGCAAGAUGAUGAACAAAUUCA